AUGGCUUCCACAAUGCACAAAAAGUCUGACCGUCGCGUUUGGAAGGCCUGUGUCGCCUGCCGACGGAAAAAGGUAAAAUGUGACGGAGAGGAUCCAUGCCACGGCUGCCACUCACGCAACGAGAAAUGCGAGUAUCCUGAGACUAACGACAACGCCGCGGCCAGCCGACGCGAUGCGAGCUCUUUGGACAGGCAAUACCAGAAUCUUGAGGCGUUAGGAUUACGGCUUGAGGGUCUCGCCCAGACGCUGUCAGAAUGCAUCCUUGCCAUUCGCGGUUCCAGCAAGGACAUGGAAUUACCCCCUGACCCGGGUUCGGGGUCUGGUUCACGGUCAGCAUCGAGGACGGGAUCCCUCCCUGCGGAAGAGGGCACCGAGCCGGAUGAUGAUGUUCCUGGCAACGAUCACCCAGACGCUCCACCAACUCCCACAUCAUACAAAGCUCGGGAUCGCGUCGGGCAUAUGGUACCUGAUUCGUAUGGGCGUAUGCGAUACCUCGGUGGUGCAGCCAAUAAUCUGGUUAUCCAAGCAGUGCAGGGCUUGUCGCCGUCUUCGGGCCACUCGCCCCAUUUAACCCAAGCUUCGAUCCCCCAGGCCUCGGUCGAGAUGCCCUUCUUCCAACAUGGACAGGUCUGGCCCGAGCUCCCCUAUCUGCCGUCCGCGAAUGAACUGGCCCGUCCACCCCAAUAUGUAGCAGACCUCCUUGUUGGUGUUUACUUCGACCAGCUGCAUUAUACAUUUCCCAUUCUUGACAAGACGCGGUUUGUUUCCCAGUAUCACGCCAUGGCUGCCGGUAGCCCUGUGGAACGCGGAUUCCUGUCCGUUUUCUUUGCCGUUUGCGCCUGCGCCUCAGGGCUACUGCCGCGCGAACCCGGUGCUGUGGGCCUCGUCGGCAUUGACUACUACCAAAAAGCUCUCCUGCUUUUUUGGGCCUCCAGCGGUGAAGUCUUUCUGGAGCAAGCCCAGUGUUUGGGCUUACUUGCCGUGUGCUCCGCAGGCUGGAACACCGUGGCCCAGAGCUGGCGUCUGGCGGGUCAGGCGGUUCGCAUCGCCCAGGAUUUGGGCCUUCACAUCGCAAGCCUGAAGGAUCCCCACUUUUCCACCAGCGACCACGCUGCCGACGCCCAAGUCGCCCAAAGGGUUUGGUGGAGCUUGUUUACACUGGACUGCCUCACUUCCAUCUGCCUCGGUCGUCCCAUGGCCGCCACCUUGGACGACUGCUGUUGCGAGCUGCCCUCGACCGACGGGGACAGUGCGCCUAUGUCUGGCUUCGUCGCCUUCACUCGCCUGUGUCGGAUAGCCGCAGAGGUGCAUCGCAUACAUGGGUCGCCGCCAGUCCGGGGAGGGUCAUGGACGGCGCGCUGGCAGCGUCUGCCGACAGUUGACCAGCUGGUCGGCGAGCUGGACAAUUGGUUACAAGACCUGCCGGACGAAAUUCGAUUUUCCGCCAACAGGAUCCAAACAGGGCCCAGUCUCACCAUGUGCUUUAUCGUCUUCAUUCUUCACUCAGCUACCAUCAUGAACUUGUAUAGGCCCCUGGUCGGACAAUCUCUGUCUACCCCCACCGAUCCAAGUAGCGAAUGCAUAAGUGCGGCGCGGAGCUGCAUUCAGGCUGCAGAGCUGAUCCGCGAGCGGGUGCCUCCCUCCCAUCACCUGGCCUUCUGCGUGCAGUAUCUCACCAUCUCCGGCAUUCUAUUGUGGACUAUGGAGGACCCACAGACAGAAAAGCCAUCUUACCAUCUGACCGACGUCUAUCAAGCCCUACAAUCUCUGGUUGAGUUGGAGUGCGUCUGGCCCUGCGCUAGCCGUGGCCGUGCAAUUCUGGAGCGUCUUUUGCAGCAUCCCCGGGGGGACGCGAGUUCUUAUCUGCCCUCUUUGCCCGUACUCGACGGACUUUGGGAUCCCUUUCCAUCUACUGACACAGAUAUGGCUUUUGGUGGCCUCUAA